GUGUGGCACACCGCGAAGACAGUCAUUAGCUCCAAUUGUAUUUAUCCGUGCUGUCGCACAAUCAUGAGGGCGCCAGCAUUUGUCCUUGCGGUACUCCAGUUCUGGUGGUUGAGCGCCACUUUUUCAGGGGCCUCCGCCUGCCAGCAGGAAUGGGUGGAGAUUGGCAGUAGGUGCUACUCUGUCAGAACGGACAGACUUGAAUGGAGCUCAGCAAGCACUUCAUGUCAACUGAUGGGUGCUAAGUUAGCAGAACCCAAAAUCGAGAAAGACAAUAACCUCAUCAAAGAUUAUUUGAAAGCAUAUGCUGACUGUGAGUCAUACUACUUUGGUCUCUCAAGUUCAGAUGGACGCACGUUCCGAUUCCAGGACGAUGUGUUGACAUACAGUCAUGGUUGGGGCUCGGGACAGCCGAAACAACUAAAUGUUCCAAUGAUCUAUGCCAAGUACCAAUGCAGCCAAUACACAUGGAGUGUCAAUGAUGGAACCUCAAAACUUCCAUAUAUCUGUGAAUUGCUGGAGCCUACCACGACGACAUCUAUAACAACACAAACACCGACUGCAACUGCAACUGUGGAAGCAACGUGGUCCAACACAGUCAACGCAACUUCAUUCCAAAAGCCAAGUAACAACGGCACAUUCCAAAACACCUCGACAAUAUCACAGUCAGUCAUUAAUCGGAACUCCGGCGCACGUACCCUGAACGUCAAGGCGAUGUCACUGACGACCCUGUCAACACUCUUCGGCUUCGCGCUUGGUCUUCAAGCACAUCUCUGAAUGUGUUGCCCUUUCUCCAGACCAAGCUUUCUAUACUACACUUUACAUCCUCGAUUAUCGAAUGAAUUUUAUGUCCAUUUUAAUAUGAUAAAUACACUGCACACGGCUUACACUUACUUUUAAGUCGAGUUUGAAUGAAACGUUGAUGACUUCAA